AUGGCUGUUGACGGAUUGGGAAAGGGUUUACUGCUGAAAGCCGACCCGAUCGCUGACACGUGCUCCAGACCCCCAACGCUUGUCGGGAUCCUUGGUACAACAUCAGCACCCAGCAAGUUCUAUGCAGAUUUCACCCGCAAGCAGUGUGAGCAACUGGGUGUUCGUUUCGUCUUGAAGAAGGUUGGAUCAGCGGAGAGUUCCGAACGUGCAGACGGAGAGGGUGUCGAGGAAGCCAUCGUUGAAGCUAACGAGGAUCCUGAUAUCGAUGGAAUUAUGGACCAUUACUUGCAACAGAUCGUUUCGCCCCUUAAAGAUGUAGAGGGACUACACUCCAAGUUUCACUAUAACUUAUACCAUAAGUAUCCAAAGUCUCUGGCCCCAGCCGUCCCGGCCCCCUUAGACGACGUGGCACCCCCCGGAACGGUAAAAUCUAUUCUGCCGUGUACGCCUCUGGGCGUUGUGAAAUGUCUAGAGUAUAUUGGGGUGUAUAACAAGAUCUUGCCAUAUGGUGACCGUGCAUAUGGAAAAACAGUAACCGUAAUUAACCGGUCCGAAGUGGUUGGAAGGCCGUUGGCGGCUUUGCUAGCCAAUGAUGGUGCACGAGUCUUCUCGGUUGACAUAGAUUCGAUCCAGGAAUACACGAAGCGACCCCGUUCAUCUGAAGCAGAGAGAAAAUAUCUCCCACACCAUACGGCCCACCCUUGCAAUCUCACUCUGCAAGAAUGUUUAGCACUGUCCGACGUCGUCAUUUCCGCCGUGCCGAAUGCUGAAUACAAGGUGCAAACGAAAUCCUUGAAGGAAGGCUGUGUCACGGUUAAUGUAGCUGCAGACAAGAACUUCGGAAAGGACGUGAGAGAUAAGGCAUCCAUUCACAUACCUGCUGUUGGGAAGGUGACAAUACUGAUGCUGCUCCGAAACUUGUGCGUACCUUAUCUGUUGUCGCGCAACUCAGUUGACUGA